UGCUCAUGGUGAUAGUGAUGGUGCUCAUGGUGAUAGUGGUGGUGCUCAUGGUAGAAGCCGUGGUGUUGGUGUCAGUGGCAAUGGGGAAGGACGUAAAAGUAAACGUAGUAAUGACGGUGGUGAUAAUAGUGUUAUUGAAUAUGGAGGAGGUGAUGGUGGUGAUGGUGACGAUGACUGUGGUGGAGAUGACUGUGCUACAAGGAGUGGUGGUGGAGGUGAUAGUGGUGGUGGUGAAAACAAAAAACAAAAGGCCAUCGGUAUCUCCAGCCCUAGAAAAUGGCCGCUGACCUUCACUGUCCACAAUGACGAAGGGAAACUGUCCAGGGUACAGUGGAGGCGAGGCAAACUUCAUUUUCAUGCUUUCGACGCCAGCUCCUUGGACGCUGACAUAAGUAUCAAGCUGUCGAGGAUGGAGCUGAAGAUCCUGUGUGACCGGCCGGAGGUGUUCCUGGAGCUGGGUGUUGAGGGGCGCUGCCUGGGCCGUGUAUACAUACAGCUAUGGUGGCACCUGCGUCGUGCCCAUCACUUCCUGGCACUCUGCCUAGGCACUCUGGGACCCUCGUAUGUGGGUUCGAACUUCAAGAAUGUUGUUAAUAAGGGUGAAGGGAAGGAGCACGUGCAGGCAGGAGAUUACAUAACGCCAGACGGAAGCAAGAGUGGUCAAGGCCUCAUGGACAAUCUGGAGUGGGGCGGAGAACACCGCGGGAAGGCGCGGGAGGGCGUGGUGGCUGGCGCCAGCUGCGGCAGCCAAAAUCUAGACGCCUGCUUCCUCAUCUGCACCAUCGCCCACCCCGACCGACACUUCAAGUGCCCUUUCGGCCAAGUCGUGUCUGGCCUCCGCCUGGUGCGUCAAGUUGUUAAUAUUGACCCCAUCUCCCAGGUCACCAUCACGGACUGUGGCUUUGUGACCUUGUGACCCCUGGCUUAAUGACCUAAUGAACCUUGGCUUAAUGACCACAUGACCUCUGGUAUAUUGACCUCAUGACCUCUAGCGGCCCGACUCGGUGCCUCAGGAUAAAUGUGUUGUGUCACUGAGGGGAACAUAUUUCCUGAGAUACUUCCCGAUAACACCAAGAGCUUGUGCAAUGUUUAAAACUUUCCUCCUAUGAGAUGUACACUUUAGAACACAACACACACAACUAUUUAAAAGUUGGUAGCACUUUUGACGUUCCUUUAUUGACGAGAGAACCAGUGUGACCUAUAAGAGUGACCUACAGUGUGUGUGUGUGUGUGUGUGUGUGUGUGUGUGCUGGCCUGAUGACCUAAAGUGUAUCCCAGGUGUGACAAAGUUUUAAUUAAUACUUAGUAAAUUAAUUCUCUACAUGUAUAUUUCAUUAUCUCUUAUUCAUUUACUACACGAUUUAUUUACUCAAUUGUUAUUCACUUAACUAAUGUUCUACAAUCAUUAUUUAUUAUUUAAUUCACUGUAUUAUUAAUUAACUAAUUGUCUUUUUCAUCAUUUGCUAGUAAUUUAUUGUACCUCUUUAUAAUUAAUUAGAAACUUAUUUUGUAUAUAUUGUUGAUUUAUUAAAGAUAAGACGUGUUCAUUAUCAAGGAGUGGACACAGGUGUACACAGGUAGCGAGUGAUGGUUUACCUGAGCCAGAGUUAAUGACUACAGGUAACACACACACACACACACACAGUUUCCGUCUCCACCUCCUCCGCCGACUCAAGUCCCUCGGAGUUCC